CGAGAAUGACGCAAACCAACAUCACGACGCCGACGUGGCAAGAGCUCGCAGGCGACAAGCCGGAACUCGACCUCUUCCUCGUCUGCGACACCACGGGGUCCAUGGGCACCUACCUUCCGGCGCUCAAAGCCUCGCUGCGCCAAGUGUUUGCACUUGCCAAGCUCAUGUACCACGACCGCCUCAAGGUGCACAUCGUGUCGUACAAGGAUUAUUGCGACGGCGACCAAGUGCUUUCGUCCGUGAGCCGACGCCAAGGACGCAACGACGCGAUCGUCAAGUUCGUCGACGACUUGCGGCCGACGGGCGGCGGUGACUGGCCCGAGGCUGUGAAAACCGCUCUCAACUUUGUCGUCGCGACCGUCGACGAGCUGCGGGCUCAGGCGGCGUCCGGGUCCGCCGUCGUCUUUCUCUACACGGAUGCACCGCCGCACCACGCGACGACGCAGUCCAACAAUAUGGCCAAAGAGAAUGCAGCUAUUGCUGCCAACCCGGCGUACCGUGCAGGCCACGACUGGUGCCGUAUCCAAAAGACACUGGGGGAGGCCAAUAUCCCCGUGUAUACCUUUCACUCGCCACUUCGCAACGGCGCCAACGCCCAUGCCUCGUCGUCGUUCUAUGCACUGCUGGGUCCUGUUGUCCUCUUGCCGACGUUGUCAUCGACAGUGAUUACCAAAGCCACGAUCGGACUGCUGCUCCAGCUCAUGGACGAAGAGGUCGACGCGAUACCCGAGUUUGCACGGACGUCGUACUUUCAUGGGACGACGCCCUACGACGAGACACUGGCCGUGCCGACCGAGAACGACCUCGUCGACGACGACGCGCUGACGCCAGUUCGCAUGCCUUUUCUCUUUGCGUCGAUCCCGGCCAUGCCCGAGCGCCUCGAUGCACUCUUGCCGCUCUUCGCCCACGACGCUGGCUUCCGCAACCUCGUCAUGAAGACGUUCGAGGUGAUUUUCCGACCGGAAAACAUUGCUGCCGUGACGUACAACCCGGUUUUUGGCAAACUGUGGCGGCUCGCGUGCCGCCAGCGCUUGGAUCCGCGCUUGGACGACCUCACGACGCAGCUCUCGCGCUGCGUGGACGCGCUGCCGGCCGACGGGAAGGCCCUCGUGCAAGAAUGGCUACUCGCAUCGUACGACGACUCGGCGCGCAUCCAGGGACUCGUCGACGCCGCGCCCAUCGGGUCCGUCUUUGUGAUGGCGGCUGGUGCACCCACUGUCGCAAGCAAGCACCUGCGGUCGCUCGCACGGGCGCCGACCGCCAGCGCCUUGGCCAGUGUCACGUCGAUUUUGAGUCAUCUGCAGCUGCACGCGACCGCCAAUCUGGCGACUGAGGACGGCACACCAUUGUACCUGCCGUCGACGCUCUCGAACGACGAUGUGUUUGCGUGCCUCCCGCACCUCGUGUGCCCCGGGACGUCGUUCAGCCGGCGCGGCGCCGCGGUGCUUGCACUUCUGUGCUCUCUCUCGGACCAUGUGCUGCUCAAAGCGCGUGCGGAGGCGUACUUGGCAUCGAUCCGCGGCUCGUGGUUGCCGUUCGAGCUCGUGAUUGAGUUUCCCGAAAUCGUGUCGCCCGAGUUCACCCAGCUCCUGUACCGUGGUCGGGCCUACUUGACCGAGAACGAGCAGGCCGUGUACACGCAGCUGUACCUCGUGCACCGGCUCCGGCGCGCGGCGACGAAGGACGUCGGCGUCACCCUCGGGUUCUCACCGACCAAAACGCAGCUGUGGCCGGACACCAAGGCGCGCUGCCGCGUCUGCACAUACGAGACGAGCUAUUCGCUCAUGGUCGAGGCCGAUCUGUGCGCCAUGUGCGUCACGUACGGCGAUGACGCUCCGCGGCUCCAGGCCGAGACGGUCGUGGUUGGCGACACGUCGCACCUGGUGGAAUGCGUCGACUGCCAUGGCGUAUACGCAGUACUGCAAGUGCACCAGCUCGCGACGCACCCCAAGUGCUGGUACUGCCGAACGAACCAGUCGACACCAGCGCCCAAAAUCGAGUGCCAUACGUGUCUCAACAGCUACGUGGAUCCCGCGGGGCUCUACAAGCAGCAGUGCCACGACGCCAACGGUGGUGGCUGGACGUGCCCCGUGUGCGUCACCGAGCCGAGCCGGAGCACAGAAGCGUCCCUCACGACUCUCUCAGCCUUUUUGAAUGAGAACGCGGCGCUCGUCGAGCAUUUUGGUUGGUCGCGGUCGCCGUCGGCCUUUCUGGCCAUGGCGUUGGACCCCAAAAUCUCGCUUCUCAAGGUUUUUACAACCAAGUACAACGACCUCAUGAGCGCAACGGACGACUCGCCGUCGUCGACACCCGACAUUCGGGUACGUGGGAAGCGCGCCCACGGCGCCGACGCGCUCACCGAUGAAGUCCGCAGUAUCGUGCUCACACAUGCUCUUCGCGACGCGUGCAACCUCUGCUUUGAAGACGUUUCGCUCGCCGCCCUCCACUCGGCGUGCGGACGCUGCGCUACCAAGUGCUGCGAACCGUGCCUGUCGCGGUGGUACGGCGCCGUGCAGCCGGGCAAGAUGGUGCUCCCGUCCACCCUCGGGUGUCCGUUCUGCCGUCGCCAGCCCACGCUCGGUGUGCUCCGCAAACACAACCGGCAGGCCUGUGCGCUCGUCGCCUCUAAAAUGACGUGGCGCGCAGACAUGUACUAUGGCUGGUGCCUUGGCUGCUACAAGGUCAAAGAGAUGGGCGACCGCCACUGCGCCGUCGAGCCACCGGCCGACGUCGCGACGUUCCGCUGCACCGAGUGUGCCGACGGAGGAUGCGAGCGAAACGUGUGCCCCGGGUGCUUUGUCGAGACCGAGAAGACGGGCGGCUGCAACCACAUGACGUGCGUCUGCGGUCAGCACUGGUGCUUUGCCUGUGGUGCCGGGUUCACGACCGCCGACGACGUGUACGACCACUUGUACGAGGUGCACCGGGGCAUCGGCGACGACGCAUAGGCACGCUCAUGUCGCGUCGAGCUUGUAAUCGUGUAAUGUAUGCAAACGAAGUUAUAUGGCGCUA